AUGUCCCGACUUGCUUCUUCUAGCACUUUGCUGGAAGGAAUGGAGGCUGUAAAGUUUGCUAAGGGUGACCCAUCGCGCAAGCGCGGCAAAGAAGAACUCGAGGAAAUGAUCCGUGUGAAGAGGGAGCGAGUUGAAGCCUUGCGGCGUAAGCUGUCCAAUCAGCCUUCAUUGACCGGUCCAGCCCCGACAGAACCAGGUGCUCCGCAUGUUGGCCAGGACAAUGGAAAGUUCAAUGCUGGUGUGGCCGAUACUUGUCCAGAGACAUUGGCCACAUCAUCAGAGUCUGGAAAGUCUGUCUUUCAAGACGCCCAAUCCCGUCAACAGUCCAUGGAUUUUUCCCCCGUGGGUGAUACUGCACCGGUUUUGGAAGCCCCGCAGCCCGUCCCACCUGUGGCCCCGUCAGAGAAGGGUGACGAUCCUGCACCAACAACACCAGAAGAGACGGCCCCAGGGACUCCCAAGAGGCUUCGUCGCUACUUCAAACCGAAACGGGGUGAGCUCAAGUGCUCGAAGGAUGCUCUGGCCAUGUAUAAGACUGCAGAUGGUCGUAAAGAGCUCCAGCGACUGCUGAAGGAACACGGUGACUUUGGCACCCUUGAGAUUCAAAUUGCCAAGAAGAAUAUCAAAACGGAGAAGAAGGCCCAACAGGGAGGUUGGUAUUCCAAAGGGAAGAUGUGCGACAAGGCGUGGGAAUGGGCGAGGACUCACAAACGAAUCAGGUGCAACCCAGUGCACGGAGAAGAGGAGAUCAACGUAAUCUUGACGGAGACAUAUGAGUUGGAGGAUGUUAACUUGGAAGAGACGAAUCGCAGCGGAUCUUUCCAGGUUGAGGACGAGGCAGGCUCACUUCUGGAGUCGGACCUUCCGAGCAUUGGUGACACGGCACCGUCGGGUGGUGAUGGUGGAGCCCCAAGCCAGGGAACCACCGCAGCGGCAGUUGUUCAGGGGAAGAGUGUGAUGAGUUUCAAGGACAAGCGGGAUGAGCUCAACAAGCACUAUGUUCAGUGCACCAAACUCGACGUGGCGCUGAAUGGAAUGCUUCAGCGUGCAAAGUCAGUAGUGGAUCCCAGCGCAGCCUCGGAGAAGCCGAAGGGCCCCCGGAGCAGCAGUGCCAAGGGUGAUGGGGCUUCAAAGUCUUCUAAGUCACCUAAGUCAAGUAAGGGAAAAGCCAAAACUCCCAAAGUGCCAAAGGUCAAGAAGGCUCAUGGCAAGAAAAAAGAUCCCAAGACGGCUGAGCCUACAAACGGUGAGCAACUGCCAAAGAUGUCCUCCAACAAGCCCGGAAGACGGAGAAGAGCUUAUGAUGAGAAAAUUUCUGAUAUGGCAUCCUAUGCUCGAUCGGAAAAGAAUUUGUCCAAUGCCAGUCGGAAUCUUAAUGGGCUCAUUCACCGUAAGAACAAGACCCUGGGUGUCCGGAUCACAUCAGUGCUGACACCAAUUCGGGUGUCCCGGCGACGGCGUGUGCAACAAAGGCCUUGGCCGGUAUUACACUUGGCAGAUUGGUUGGAAACCGGGUUCAAAAGUCCAUACGCUGGAUUCUACUUCCUGGGUGGAUUAAAACUCAACAACUUGGUUGAAGUAGAGAGUCUGCUUUCUGACUUCUGGGAGAAGCACUCAAGUGUGGAAGGGAACAAACCAGCAAUCCCUUCAAGGACGAUUCCUAUUCUCGUCCAUGGGGACGAAGGGCGGGGACAAGCAAAAAGGCCCCUUCUAGUGGUUUCUUUUCAGCCAAUCAUUGGUUGGACCGGCGCCGACAAUAUGUACGCCCCUGAUGGUGCUUCGUUGCAAUGUCUGAUGGAGAGCAUGGUUGAAAAUAUCAACAAACUUUACACCGAAGGUUUCCAGGUGAAUCUGAAUGGACAGUGCCUAACCUUCUACAUCCAGUACCUGGGGUGCAAGGGGGACUGGCCCUGGUUGAGAAGUUGCUAUCGGUUGGAGACUGGGUAUAAAUCCCAUCGCAUCUGUCACAGAUGUCCUGCGGGUGACUGGUACAACUUUAGUGCUUCUGCGUCAAUCCGAUCCUGGCCCAAAGAUGGUGAAGUGGAUUCCCCGUUUAAAACAGGUGAUAAAGCUGCCAUCCGCAACAUUGUUCCAGGAGGGGAUGAUCCCUACAUGAUCAAGAUUGACAUUGCGCACACCUAUGCAAUCUGCGGAUAUGGAAAGGAUGACUUGGCAUCCAUUAUCGUGUUCUUAUCCUGUCGAUGCCUGCUAUUUGGUGGUCGUAAAAUUGAAGAUCAACUAGACAACGCCUUCCAGUCAUUCAACAACUGGUGUAUCGUGAACAAAAAGACCACUUCGAUUACCUCCUUUGACUACCAAACCCUGAAGAUCACAUCGUUGCAGGAGUAUCCCAGAGGACUCGGCAAGGGCUUCGACACGGCUCUACUGGGAGCUUGGAUGGGUCACUUUCUGGGAUCACUAGCGGAUGAUGGGGUUCCAGACAACUACAAAGAACUAUUUCGUGUGAUGCGCUGGGGUCUCGAUGCUACCAAUGGCUUUUUCCGGACAAUCUAUUGUGGCAAACUAUGGCUGAGCCGUUCUGAAGCCAUACGAGCUGUUGAACAUGGAUGGAAUAUGUUGGAAGCUUAUGGAGGCUGUGCCCGGCUGAGCUCCUCUUUGGGGUGGCGCUUGUGGUAUGUACGUCCAAAGCUGCACAUGAUGUCCCAUGUAGUGACCCAUGGCGGCAGUAAACCUUACUCACCAAACACUGUACAAAUCCCCAUUCCUAGAUAUCUCAUCUUGAUGGGAGCUAAGUCGCGACUUGGAGUAUGCCCUGGCCAAAGAAAACGCCCAAUGGAUCCUCAACCCCCAGAGUCGAGGACUUAUUUUCUUUUGUUGUUGAGCCUUCAACAUCCCAAUGGGGUAUAG